AUGGUUGUUCGGAGGAGACUUAACAGAACGGAUAAGGACUGCGAAGUCGCUGGAACGGUCUUCUUCCGAUCUAAAGAAGACAAUUACAAAAAAGGCUCCAGAAAAUUUUUUAAACUCGCAGCGUCCGUCCACAGCAAAACGUCCUCAAAAAUUCCACCAGAAGUUGGACGGACGAGUCUUGCCACAUCAGAGGAGCAACCACCACCAGACAUUUCGUCACAAGUACCAGCGUCAGUCGGAGAAACCACACACAAGCUCUUGGACGCAAGCAUCUCGUCAGCAAAGACGACAAUAACCUCAAAUAUAUCUGAGACCUCGACACCCACUUUGGAAGCGUCUUUCCCUGGUGGCAGGACUAUUAUCGUACAGGCCUUCACUUGUCAAGGAUUGCCAAGUUCUUCAAUUGAAAUAAUGGUUGCAUCAAUUUCAAAAGCCACAAUGAAGCAAUAUACCUGUGGAUUAAAACGUUGGUGGUUAUACUGCCAAAAGUUAAACCUAGACCUGUACGAUGCAAAUGUUAAUACCAUAUUAAGUUUUCUAACAGAAGAAUUUAAUAAAGGAGCCUCAUACGCAACAUUAAAUACGCUGCGUUCAUCUUUGGCGUUUAUAAUACCAACAAAUCUUGCUCUAGAUACUAAGAUCAAACGUUUUUUCAGAGGAGUCCAAAUGCUAAGACCAAGCGCUCCAAAGUAUGAUUAUACUUGGGACCCAGGCGAAGUUCUAACGUUUUUGGAAAAUUGUGAUAGCGCAAAUAUAUCUUUCACUUUGUUAUCAAAGAAACUAGCAACUCUAUUAGCAUUAGCUACAGCUCAUCGGGUACAAACAUUAUCUUUAAUCGAUAUUCGAAAUAUACAUAAAAUACCCGAUGGGACAGCAAUACAAAUUAAAAUACCAGAUCGAAUAAAAACCUCACGUAAAAAUGGAAUGCAACCUCUUUUGUCUUUGCCCUUUUUAACAGACAGGCCUGAAAUAUGUGUGGCAACCACAUUGGAGAUCUAUCUCACAAGAACCAGUUCACGUAGACCAAAAAAUUGCCAUAAAUUAUUUAUCACCCUAAAACGGCCUCAUACUGAAGUCACUUCUCAGACAUUGAGCAGAUGGAUUAAGCAAACUUUAACCCAGAGUGGCAUUAAUACUGAAAUUUUCUCUGCUCAUUCCACUAGGCAUGCAAGCACUUCGGCAGCUUGCAGAAACGGUCUAAACCUGGAUGAGAUACGACGAACAGCAGGUUGGUCCAAGAAUUCCGAUACGUUUGCAAAAUAUUACAAUAGACCACUGCAUUCACAAAAUUCAUUGUUUCAUGCCUUAUUUUAGGAAAUAAGUGCAUUAUUUUCACUAAUGUUUGUAACAACAUACUGUUCUUUAACAUACAGGUAUACUUAUAGUUAUUAAGCAAAUAUAUUAUUGUGUUAAUAGGUUAAAAAAGUAGAAUAGUAACUUUUAUAUCUACUUCUGGAAAUAAAUCAGUUCUAUUUGUAGUUUGUCGCAACUCUUUAAACAUCUACAUAUUGUUGAUCAUAGAGGGCGGAGCGCAAAUAUAAUUAUAAGAUCAAACGAACUUACCUAAGUGAUGUUCGAUCUUAAUUAUAUGAAGCGCUCCGCCCGAGAUGAUCGGUCCCUCCCAACCCAAGUGUCUACCCCGAUCAUCUAGUUGCGACAAAAAAGGAGCUUUCAAAAGAAUGAUAGUAAUGACACCUACACAGGAUACCAGAGGGUUGGGUCGGUAAAAUAGUUUCAGA